AUGGCUUCGACGCGUCAGCACCAGUUUGUUCAGAUCUACCAGGAUCCAAUGCCGCUCCCAUCCAACAUGUCUCCCACUCACAAGCCACGACCGCAACUCCAACCUUCCGCCAUGCCUCUGCAACCAUUGCGAAACCCUCCGGCGCAUCCCGAUGUCAUCCUCAACGCUCCCAUGGCUCCGGGUCAUCAGCUCUCACCUCUCAAGAGCCAUCCGCUAUCACCACCGAAGCCGAACUAUGGCAAUCUCAACUACAUUCCUAUCCCUCCGCCUCCUAUGGGAGCCAAUAUCUACACCGACUCCCCCGCAAAGAGACCGAUGGUUCCGUCGCAGCAACACCAACAGUUCCGACAUGUUCAAAUGAUGCCGCAACAACCGCUCUUCACCACCUUCAAUAGCAGCUUCGAGGCCUUCGAACAAGAAAACUACCCAGUGCCCAGUAUGCACGACAACUUCGUCGACUUCCCCGAACCUUCAUACGUCCGCAAGCAGCCACUCAAAAGAUCAUAUUCGGACGCACAGGUCGGGAAUGACCGGCCGUUGAAGAAGGCUCGACAAGAUCAAGACUCAGUCACGCAUCUGCCAGAGCCGGAUGAGAUGCCUCCCAUCGAGGAUGACGGUAACAAGCCCGCCUACAGCUACGCUCAGAUGAUCGGCAUGGCCAUUCUGCGAGCUCCUAACCGCCGCCUCACUCUUGCCCAGAUCUAUGACUGGAUUUCCAACACGUUUGCCUAUUACCGGGAAGACACCAAGCAGAGCUGGCACAACAGCAUCCGGCAUAACUUGUCCUUACACAAGGCUUUCAAGAAACAGGAAAGACCGAAAGGCGACGCAGGCAAGGGCAGCUAUUGGGUCAUUGAGUCAGGAAUGGAAGCACAAUUCAUCAAAGACAAGAACCGUCGAGGCAAUAACAUGCCACACAUGACCAUCAAUGCCGGAGUAAUGCGUCCGGAGCCCCAGAAGGUGACUCAACCUCAACAACUAUCCGAGGCUAUAGCCCCCAAUCCGUUCAUCGUCCAGUCGAAUGAACCUCCACGACCACAGACCGCUCCCGCGCUUCCUGAGCUGUCAUCGGACGCGACACUGCCAGCUUCAGAUCCCGCUCUCAAUGAACAGGAGACUGUGGAGUUUGAGGAGCAUCCUCUCCCAAGGGGACCCAAGUCGUCACCUCCAGAUGCCAUCAAUUCGUCUCCACCAGUGGUGGCUCCUACUCAUCACCGCAACAUCUCUUCUCCUACCGCACGGAUGCAGCGGCCUAUUUCAUCCCAUCGGCAAAAGCGGUCUUUGUCCAAGAUGGAUGACAGCGGUUAUUUCUCCUCUAUCGAGUCGUCGGUCCUGCGACCCAACAAGAAUGCCGUCGUUCUGACUUCAGAACUGGACAUUGAGCCAUUGAGGAGAAACCGGGGUCGAGCCGAGGAAGAGAUUGCUCGCAUCAGAGGCUCCUCCAUUGAAAUGACGCCCAGCCGCGCCAGAUUCCGCAAUCCAGCGGAUGGCGCUCACACUUCCUCUCCUGUUCGAGUCAGUCCAGGGUCCCGAUUGAAUCCGGUGACGCCUCCAAUCGUCUUCAAGAAGCCGAUGCGUCCUCCGCCCUCAUUAUCACCCAAUACACAACUACAUCUCCAUCGCAAAGCCAUGCGUGACUUUGCCAAUUCCCCCAUCAAGAGUUUUGGGUUGUUGCAUGGAGAUGUUGAAACCUACAGUCCUCUCAAGUGGGCCACUCUGGCUUCUUCCAUGCCGGAAGAAUUUGAGAUCUUCUCCGAUCCGGCCAUUGGUCUUACCCCCGCCACUCAAGGUUUCAUCUCGUCUCCGAUGAAAACAUCGGUGGCUCGCCCCGCAUUAGGACGAGCAACCACGACUGGAGACAUGCUCAGUGACAUGAUGGGAGUCUCCCACAAGCUGAAUACGAAGACCCCGACCCGAACUUCGUUACUCAAAGCGGGUGUUCGGGCUUCACUCUCUGGAUCUCCCCUGAGAGGUUCCAUGAAUAACGUUACGCACGUUGAUGAACAGAAUGAUCUCUUUGACUUCAAUUCUUUUGAGAAUGACAAUUCUGACAACGAAGAGGGCGUCGACAUUUUCAAAGGAUUUGAGAAGAUUGGCGGCCCGUCCACACAUGUCAACGGACCAGUUUCUGCUGGCCACCUUCGUCGACCUUCUUUGGGAGGACGAAGUUUUACCACCCGCUUUUGA